AACAAUGCUUAUGUACAGUGUGUGAUGAAAAAGAAGCAAGAAAGGAAGUGGUCUUUGCUUUCUCACCCAGGACCAUGAUUCUUAUCUGUUGCAGAUGCUGUGAAUGAAUCUGUGAUGCGAUACGAUACACCCACGCAUCACAUGCAUAUGCAUAUGCGUAUAUACGCGUAGAUCUGGAGGAGUGAGUAGAACAGAGGAGACGGAGAAAGAAUAACGCAAGCGGUGUUUGUUUGUUUCAAACGCACGAGGCCAUGUCGGGAUUCAGAGACGCUCACUGUUUUCCGCGUCUUGUCCUCGUUGUGAAUCUCGUUCUCGCUCUUCUUCACGCCCUCGUUGCUUCCCUUGCCUUCUUUCAGUUGACGAGGAUUCACUUGAGAAACACGCAGCUUGGUUUGACUCGCCAAAAAGUGUUCCAUCUGUUGAUUGGCUCUUCUAACUUAGGUUAUGCCAUUUAUUUGGCAUUGACACUUGUUGCUGCUUGCAAGGGAUGGACCUUUUGGUCACACUCUUGUGGUUUCAUGUUUAUGGCUUUCCCCAAAGUACUUUUUUUUGCAGCAUUUCUUCUACUUUUAUCCUUCUGGGUUGACCUUUGCCAUCAGGCAGAUGAUGAUGAUGACUACGAAGGAAGUUUCUGUGAGAACCCUUUGCUGGAAAAGACAUCCAAUGAAUCAAACAUAGCAAGCAUAGAUAGCCAUCGAAAGUGCUUUCCUCUUCGGCUCUCUCGUGUUGGAAAUCGGCAAAAGAUUGUGAUUUUGGUUACAUUGCUAGUUUUCAUUACCAUGAUCGCAUUUGCUUUGAUAAUCUGGAUUGGGCUAGGAAAUAAUCCCAUUGAUUCCGAAGUGGCAGCUCAGGUAUAUUUGGAUCUUUCUGCUAUUGGAAUGAUUUUGUUGGGAGGAGCAUUAGCCUGUUAUGGAAUCCUAUUAUGCUUGAAAAUGAGCAAAGUGAGAGCCGAGAAACCUUCAUCUGAAAUGUGGAAGGUUGCAGGUUUAACUAUUGUCUCUGUACUAUGCUUCACAUCAAGUUCAUGUGUAGAACUUUUAACUGACAUCCCUAUGCAGUAUAACUGGCAUCAGCAGCGUCUGAAUGAUGCUUACACCUCUCUUAUACUCGUUUUGUAUUAUUUUGUGGGUUCAUCAAUACCUUCAGCAGUGAUACUGUGGGUAAUGAGAGAAUUACCACCUGCAGAAGCUGCUGUCGUACCAGAAGAAUCUAGAACAAUAACUUUUGUUGCUGAUAGUUCAAUUGCAAUUCAUCAUCCUCAACGCUGGACUACGGCAACAAGCAUGCAGAAUCAGACUUGAAUAACUCCCGUCCGACAUGAAUAUGGCUGUUGCAGGAUGACCAUGUUAGCCUGCUUGAAAGCUGAAUUAAUCGAUCUCGAGAAAGAUUAUUUUUUUGUCCAAAUCAUGCUGACUUGACUAUGGGUAUAAAUGGUCGUAACCGUUCUUUUUUAACUGCUAGGAAAAAUGUGAUUCAAAUCCUGUACCCCUGAAAUUCAUCACGACAUUUACAAUUUAAGAACAAAAUAUGCUUCAAUUUAAGCCUCCACCAUGAUGCAGGAUGCAUGAUCAGAUCCGUGAUUUGAAAUAUGGUUCGUAUUAAUGG